UUGCCUCCGCCAAACAUGCUGAGUACUACACAUGGAUGUGCUGAAACCAAAACCAAAACAUACCCACAUAUCCAUAGAAAACUGCAUCAUGAACAAGUGUCUGCUUUUAUUAAUAGGAUUAACCAAUGUUAUAGCGGAAGAUUGUGAUUCAGAAAAUGGCGUCUGCUUCAGUCAAGACACCGAAAAGGGAGUCCCUUGGUAUGAAUUCGAUUGGAAGACCUAUGUUAGGAAAGACGUUCUAGAUGAGGAUAAAAAGGACCCUGUGGACAGAUUUGGCAUUCACUUGUUGAAUAGUGUGGAUAUUGGUGUCAAUAGAACCAUUUUGAAAACAAGGCCUAAUGAAUGUGGACUCAAGGAUUGGAAGCGUCUUGGACCCCUCCCAAGAGCGACAGUCAUCAUCACUUACCGAGAUGAACCCCGUUCAACGCUCUUAAGGACCGUGGUGAGUGUGAUUGAGCAAUCUCCCGCUGAUCUUUUGGAAGAGAUCAUCCUCAUUGAUGAUAACAACGACGAUUCCACCGUUGGCAGUGAACUCUCUGCAAUCGCCAAGGUUCGGGUUUUGCGGAACGACAAACGUGAAGGACUGAUUCGCUCCAGGAUCAUUGGGACCAAGGCAGCCACAGGCGAGGUCCUUGUGUUUUUGGACAGUCAUUGUGAGUGCGAACCAGGCUGGUUAGAGCCUUUGCUGUUCCGCGUCAAAGCCAAUCCCAAACGUUUGGCCAGCCCCGUUAUCAACAACAUCAAUCUAUUCUCGUACGAAAUAGAACCCGUGUCCACGUACUUGCGGGGGGGCUUCAACUGGAAUUUGGAUUUCUUUUGGGAGUGGAUCCCUGCUCGAGAUCGAGCCCGACGUAUUCGAGACCCUACCUAUAGCUUCAAGACACCGGCCAUCGCAGGAGGUCUUUUUGCCAUUGAUCGCCACUGGUUCAUGGACCUUGGACUCUACGAUGAAGGCAUGGAGAUUUGGGGCGCAGAAAAUAUUGAAUUGUCGCUUCGGAUUUGGACCUGUGGUGGAGAAAUGGAAAUCGUCCCUUGCUCUAAAGUGGGUCACAUCUACAAGCAGAAAAACGUUUACUCCUAUCCUGAAGGUGCUGUCAAAACCAAGACUUGCAAUAACCGCCGAAUCGCUCAAGUUUGGAUGGACAGCUUCAAGGCCAUUUAUGACUUGACCUUGAGUAGAGCUGAACUGGAAACGGAAUGCAAAGAGGCCAACGAACGGGUCAAGCUUCGGUCUGACCUCAAAUGUGAACCCUUUGAUUGGUACCUUGAUACCGUCUAUCCAGAGCUACAGCUACCUGUGGAAACGGACUUGGCCUUUGGACAGAUACAUUUCAACCAACCGUCGUUCCUAUCUUGCAUUGAUAACAUUGCCCUGGGACACGAGCUUGGCAUUGGCGCUAAUUCGUGCCUCCAGUCUUACCAUCUUCAAGAAUAUCGCCUUACCAAAGACAAUCUCAUCUUUCACGACGAUUUCUGCUUGUCACUCUCAGCCCUCAAAUCCGGAUCAGAG